AUGGCCAAGCGUAGUCUCCUCCCUUCAACUAUCGAAGACAAAGCAAGCCUCGAUUCCGAAAUGAAGCGUGGAGCUUACCUCGUCGAGCUUGCCUCUCUCCAGGUCAACAACCGCGAGAAUCAGCCCAAGCGCCAGGACAACACCAGUCGUGUGGAAGACAGCUUGUACCUGGCCGGCUACCGCUCUGAGAAAGCUUCGGCGCUUGAUAUGCCUUUUGUCGGUGCCAGUGAACCAAGAAUGUCACUCCCCUUUUCCUCCGUUAUGGACCAGAUCAUUGCUACCCAGGAGCCUCGCUAUGAAGGCAGCGUCCGGGGCCCAGCUCUCAGCAGAGACGCCAUCGCCAACCUCCUUCGUCAGGCUAACCCGAACUGCCCCAGGGCUCACGGCUGGCUCAAAGCUCAUGAGUGGAGCAAGGCCGAGCAGGAGAAAAUCAAAAAGAGGGUGGAGGACAGAAACGCCCUGAGGAAGAAGAUCAACCAGAACCUGCGGGCCAAGGCUCGCGAGGCCCUGGGUGAUCUGGACAUCCCGUCCGAUCACCUGGGGCCCGAGGUGGGCGAGGACGAAGAGGAGAGCAAGGAGACGCCGGAGGAGAGGGUCAAGAAGGCCCAUGACCGACUCCAGGAGGCGUUGUUUGGCUAA